UAGCUGUGUUGACGGUCAUCUUCAGAACAUGUCCAUGUCCAUGUCUAUGUCCUCCUCCAACAUGUCGAUGCUUGGAGGUUCUAGCUUUUCUGAUGGCCUUGGCCUGGCCAGAGGAGGCGGGGCCAGGAUUGGCCUGGGUUUCGGGUCCGGGGCCGGCAUUGGGAUGGGGCUUGGAUUGGCAGGAGGUAGGCUGGGCAUGGGGGUAGGCGGCUUGGGUAUGGGAGCCGGUGCCGGGAUGGGUCUUGGAGCUGGGGCAGGGGCCGGGCUUGGUCUCGGAGCUGGGGCAGGGGCCGGGCUUGGUCUCGGAGUUGGGCUGGGGGCCGGGCUUGGUCUCGGAGGAGGGCUGGGGGCCGGGAUGUUAAUGGGCGGCGGCAUGGGCGGCGGCAUGGGCGGCGGCCUGGGCGCUGGCGGCGGAGGUGUACUGGUACCCAGCGCCGCCUUCUCCAUGGGGCGCACCAUCGCUGCGGGGGGCCUGAGCGCCGGAUCGGCCCUGAUCGCAAAGCCCGAGGUGAUCCCCCUGAUGCGCGCCGUCCUUUCGCGGGCCGACGAGAAGAGCGUGCUCUCCGGGCUGAACGACCGCUUCUCCCUGUACAUGGCCAAAGUGAAGGGGCUGCAGCAGGAGAACGCCACCCUGGAGGCCAAGCUGUCCCAAUUGACUGGAGGGGCAGACAUGGACCAAGAGAUGUCAAGCGUCACCACCGUGGAGUAUGAGGCCCAACUGGCCGAAUACCGCAUCACGCUGGAGACUCUUACCCUCGAUACCGUCAAGCUGGAAAUUGACCUGGACAACAUCCGCGCCACAGCCAGUGAAAUCAAAGCCAAGUAUGAUUUUGAGCAGGGGGUGAAGGCCCAGCUGGAAGCUGACAUCAUAUCUAUGAAAAAGGACAUCGAGACGGCCUCCGACCUGCGAAUUGACCUGGGUGCGAAACAGUCCAGCCUGAAGAACGAGCUAGACUUUGUCACCAAGACUCAGAUGGAGGAGCUGGCAAACCUGCAUUCCAAGUUGGGCCCCAGAAGCACAGACACGUCCGUGGCAAUGAUUGAGGUGGACACAGUAAAGUCCUUCGACAUUUCGAGCGCGCUCAGCAAGUUAAGGACAGAGUAUGAGAAAACUGUCCAGCAGCACAGAGAGGAAGCCGACGCCUACUACAAACUCAAGAUGGAUGAGAUCCAGACAGCCACCGAGAAGAACACAGAGGUCAUGUCCACCACCAAGGACGAGAUCAUUGUCUGCAGGAAGGAGUUGCAGGCCCUGCAGCUGGAGCUGCAGAGCCUGAUAAGUGUAAACAUAACUCUAGAGCAGAAUCUAGCUGAGGCUCAGGCCAUUUCCAGCACAGUCGUGACAGACUGCCAGAGCCAGAUCGCCGGCCUGGAGUCCGCUAUUGAGAUGGCCAAGGCUGAACUCCAGAAGCAGACUGUGUCCUACAGGGAGCUGCUAGACAUCAAGCUAGCCCUGGACAUUGAGAUCUCCACCUACAGGAAGUUGCUGGAAGCAGAUGACCUCAGCAUCUCUGUCCAGUCUGGCCCCGAGUCCUCAGCAUUCCUCUUUUCAAGCCCCCCUGACACCUUCUCCCAUUUCAAAUCGGCUCCUGCGGACAUCACAUCCUCCCCCGAACCCUCCCUCCCUUCUAUGGAGUUUGAGCCGCCUGAAAAAGCACAGGAAGAGGAACCGCCUGCCAAAGAGAGUUCCCUCCCAGACAAAGAUGCAGCAGCUGAUACCCAGGAAUCAGGCCCAGAGGAACAAACAGGGUCAACCACACAUUCUGAAGCUGACGACUCUGAGUCCUAACUAUCAGAUCUCCAUGUGGGUAACUGAAGAUCUGGAACAACCAGUAUCCCACUUUCAAUCAAAUAAAUUCUCCUGUUUGAACAAGAAA